GAGUGGUGAGAUAACCAGUGCAACCUGCUGGCUAGCUCCAUCUUCUCCCCACCCUCUCCCCCCAUGAAAGCAUCCUUGUUGCAGCUGGGAGCCACACUGCCAGCCUCCCCAGUCACAACUGCAUAACCUGCUCAGAGGAGUGAGCCCCAAGGAGCUGAAUUCCAACCUAUGGGGAAGGAUUCACAUGUCUCUGCUGAAUUCAACCAUGGUGCAGGCUUGCCUUACCAAAGGGUACCUCAGCAGAUCAAUGGCUCUUUCUUAGUCAAAGGUGACCAUUUUAUUGCCUCAACCUACCAGUCAAGAUGACACUGUCUGUGGAUUCUUCUUGGUUUCGCUGGCAAGGGAGAACUAAAGACAGCUUCUCCCAGACUCCUUCAGAAUCUACCCCACUGCUGUCUGUAGCUAAAGAGAGACAGAGCUACAAUCUAAGUCAACAACGGAUUGUUUUUCCUAACAAUAAGACAUUUCACCAAGACUGGGCAAAGGUUUCCAAGUUUUACUCUGGCAACAGGAUCCAUACCACCAAAUAUACCCUGUUCAAUUUUCUACCCCGGAACCUCUUGGAGCAGUUUCACAGGUGGGCUAAUCUCUAUUUCCUCUUCCUGGUAAUUCUAAACUGGAUGCCACCUCUAGAGGUCUUCCACAGAGAAAUCACCAUGUUACCUUUGGUUCUUGUGCUGCUGAUUAUCAUGGUAAAAGACGGCGUGGAAGACUAUGAGAAAUACCAAUUCGACAGAGAGAUUAACUCCUCCCAUAUUCAAAUAUAUAAAAAGAAAGAACAAGACUAUGUGCAGAAACAUUGGAAGGAUGUCCGAGUAGGAGACUUUGUCCAACUGCAGUGCAAUGAGAUCAUCCCAGCAGAUAUCCUCCUACUCUUCUCUUCUGAUCCCAGUGGAGUCUGUCACCUGGAAACUGCCAACUUAGAUGGGGAAACCAACCUCAAACAGAGGCGUGUGGUGAAGGGCUUCUUGCACCAGGAAUCUCGGUUUGAACCAGAACUCUUUCAGAACAAGAUUGUGUGUGAGAAGCCCAACAAUAACCUCAGUAAAUUCAAAGGUUAUAUGGAACAUCCAGAUCAGACCAGGACUGGCUUUAACAGUGAGAGUCUUCUGCUCCGUGGUUGCACCAUCAGGAACACAGAGGUGGUGGUCGGCAUUGUCAUCUAUGCAGGCCAUGAGACGAAAGCCAUGCUGAACAACAGCGGCCCUCGAUACAAACGCAGCAAGAUUGAACGUCGCAUGAACAUUGACAUUUUCUUCUGUGUGGGAAUUCUCUUCUUCAUGUGCCUUAUUGGAGCUAUAGGUCAUGGCCUCUGGAAGGGAAAAUUUUCAGGCCUUCCACCUUUUGAUGUUCCAGAUGCUAAUGGAAAUUUUCCCUCAAUUGCACUUCAAGGCUUCUAUAUGUUUCUCACCAUGAUCAUCCUACUACAGAUCCUGAUCCCAAUCUCUCUGUAUGUAUCCAUUGAGUUGGUGAAACUUGGUCAGGUUUUCUUCUUACACAACGACAUUGACCUCUACGAUGAAGAGACUGAUCUAUCCAUUCAGUGCCGAGCCCUUAACAUCACUGAAGACCUGGGCCAGAUUCAGUACAUCUUCUCAGACAAAACUGGAACUCUAACAGAGAACAAGAUGGUUUUCCGACGUUGCACCAUUAUGGGCAAUGAGUUUUCCCAUCAAGAGAAUGCCAAACGGCUGGAAACUCAGAAGGAGCUGGAUUCAGAUGAUGAGGAUUGGACCAAAUGUCAGUAUGGGGCCUUCCCAGGUCUCAGCACACUGAGACACACUGGAAGUGCUAAGCCCCUGAGGAGGAGUCAGAGUGCCCGUGCCCAUUUCCAGUAUCACACUCGACACAGGUCCAUGGGGAGAUGUAACAGUACCCAGUCUCCGGUGGCCUUCAGCAGUACCAUUGAAAAGGAUGUGACUCCAGACCAAGGUCUCUUGACAAAGGUGAAAGAUGCUGCCCUGAAACUAGAGACCUUGACACCACACAAAGUCACCAAACCUUCCUUUACCACUGGCUCCUCCAUCACCGAUUUCUUCCUCGCAUUGGCCAUCUGCAACUCUGUCAUGGUCUCCACAACCACAGAACCCAGACAGCGGGUCACCAUCCCACCACAGAUAAGGUCCCUAGGAACGUCCCUAGAGAAGAUUCACCAGCUGUUCCAGAGGCUUAAACUCUCCAGCCUCAGCCAGUCCUUCUCUUCCUCUGCUCCGUCUGACCUUGGAGAAAGCCUGGGGCCAAACCCCACCACUGUAGAUUCGGAUGAGCAAGAUGACCUGUCCACUCAGAGCUGUGGAGAUUCCACCGAUGUGGGCUACCAGAGCUGCUCCCGGGAAGACGGCCCGGCCAAGCAGGAGCCCUUGGGAGCUGGAAGACCCUCCUUGGAAGAUGUGCUGGACGCAGUAAUACCAGAGCCAGAAUUCUGCUACGAGGCUGAGAGCCCUGAUGAAGCUGCCCUCGUGCAUGCCGCCAGGGCCUACAACUUCACCCUGGUAUCCAGGACUCCUGAGCAAGUGACCGUGCGCCUGCCGCAGGGGACGCUUCUCACCUUUGACCUCUUGUACACCCUGGGUUUUGACUCAGUAAGGAAGAGGAUGUCAGUGAUUGUAAGACACCCCUUGACUGCAGAGAUCAUUGUCUAUACUAAGGGAGCUGACUCAGUCAUAAUGGACCUGCUGGAAGACCCUGCCAAAGAUAAAGACCCUGUUGCAGAAAAGAAGUUGAGAAAAAUUAGAGCCAAGACCCAGAAACACCUCGACUGGUAUGCAAGAGACGGGCUAAGAACACUCUGCAUUGCCAAGAAGGUCUUAAAUGAAGAUGACUUCCAGAGGUGGGCCAAUUUCCGGCACGAGGCUGAAGCAUCCCUUGACAACCAGGAUGAGCUCCUAAUGGAGACAGCUCAGCAUCUAGAGACUCAACUCACCUUACUGGGAGCAACUGGGAUUGAAGAUCGACUGCAAGAGGGAGUACCAGAUACCAUUACUGCAUUGCGAGAGGCAGGGGUCCAAAUCUGGGUCUUGACAGGAGACAAGCAGGAAACAGCUGUCAAUAUUGCACAUUCCUGUAAACUUCUGGAGCAGAGAGACAUGGUCUAUACCAUUAAUACAGAGAGUCAGGAGACCUGUGAAUCCAUCCUCAACUGUGCUUUAGAAGAGGUGAAGAGAUGUUAUGACAUGAGCAAAACAGAACACAAGUUUUUUGGCAUCCCUCUUCCUUGUCAGGCACCAUCUUCUACCAUGGAAGCUGCAGUUCCAGACAUCGGGCUAGUGAUUGAUGGGAAAACUUUAAAUAUUAUUUUCCAAGGGAAUCUGGAAAAGAAGUUUUUGGAACUAACCAAAUACUGCCGCUCAGUCCUGUGCUGUCGUUCUACUCCACUCCAGAAGAGCAUGGUAGUCAAGCUGGUGCGGGACAAGUUGAAAGUAAUGACUCUUGCCAUAGGUGAUGGUGCAAAUGAUGUGAGCAUGAUUCAAGCUGCUGAUAUUGGAAUUGGAAUCUCUGGGCAAGAAGGCAUGCAGGCUGUGAUGUCCAGUGAUUUUGCCAUUACUCGCUUCAAGCACCUCAAGAAACUUCUGCUCGUGCAUGGCCACUGGUGCUACUCACGUUUGGCAAGGAUGGUUGUUUACUACUUCUACAAAAAUGUGAGUUAUGUCAACCUUCUCUUUUGGUACCAAUUCUUCUGUGGUUUUUCGGGUACCACAAUGAUUGAUUACUGGCAGAUGAUAUUCUUCAACCUCUUUUUCACCUCCUUACCACCCCUUGUCUUUGGGAUCCUUGAUAAAGACAUCUCUGCUGAAACCCUCCUGGCUUUGCCUGAACUCUACAGGAGUGGGCAGAAUUCUAAGUUCUACAAGAUGUCCACUUUCUGGAUUGCCAUGAUGGAUGCUUUCUAUCAGAGUCUAAUCUGUUUCUUUAUCCCUUAUUUGACCUACAAGGACUCUGACAUCGGUGUCUUCACCUUUGGGACACCCAUCAAUACCAUCUCCCUCAUCACAAUCCUGUUACACCAGGCGAUGGAAAUGAAAACAUGGACAUUCAUCCACUGGUCUGUGCUUGUGGCUAGCUUCCUGCUUUAUUUCGUGGUCUCCCUCGUGUACAAUGCCAUCUGUGUUACCUGUAACAGCCCAACCAACCCCUACUGGAUUAUGGAGAAGCAGCUAUCAGACCCUACCUUCUACCUCUUGUGCUUCGUUACACCUGUGGCUGCCCUUCUUCCAAGAUAUUUUUUCCUGGCUCUCCAAGGAACCUUGGGGCAGUCACCCAUCCUGGAAGCUCAGAAGCUGGACAAACUUCCCAAAGAGAAAAAGGAUCUGGCUAUCCAAGAGUGGAGGAGACAAAAAGAGAGAUUGUCUACAGCCUGCCGAGUAGCUCCGUUCCCUGGAAAUGCCAGAUUGGGCCAUCUUCAGGUCCCCCAUUUCACAGAACAAGAAUUGAGGGACAGUUCCAUAAAGGAAUCCUCUUCUCCCAUGAAAAGACAUGUUGGGGACUGGGUCCUUAAUAGAGAUAAAAGUAGCCCCCUCCCCUGCCCCGGUUAUGUAGGGCACAAUCAAAGGUCACCUAGCUCUUCAGCAAGACCCUCCCCUGAUGAACACCUCUUGGGACCCAGUGGAUACAAAGCUUUUGGAAUGUUCACAGAUUCACAGACUGGCAGCCCAGGAGCCUCAAGCAGAGGGAGCCACAAGCGAUCUCAGAGCUCCUUGACUAUAUGAAGGAGGACCCUAUAGAUAGUAGCUGCAUGUGCAGAGACAAACUCCAAAUGUGUUCAUGUAAUACAUGUUUUCUUGUGACCUCAAGCAAGUCGCAAUCCUUCCUGGGAAACUGGACAGACUUGAUUCCUUUAUCUAUCAGAAUUUCAUGGAGAAAGGGCUUCUUCUCCCAAUAGGUAAAAAAUACUAUAUGGACUGGAGAACAAGACUGGGAAUUAGUCAAAUACUCUCUGAGGUUUUCUACAAUUAUCAGGCAGCCCAUCUUACAAUAAACAGGAGUUAUUUCUUUUUCAGAAUGGAAAAAUAUUUCCAUGUACAGUGAAUGAGAACAUUUCUUUAAGAGAUGGUCCUCAAGCAUCCACCUCCAAGAAUAUGCCUUCAAGUACUGAAUCACUCUAAUGAACAGCUUGUGGAGAUAUAACUCUUCUUAUAUACACAAUUUGGCCCACCCCAACCACCACCACCAUCACUCCCCAGUGUUUCUUCUUUUGUGUGGAAAAGAGCUACAAUUUCAGAAGAGACAGGCCCAGAGUUAGAAGCAAAGGAGUCUGAGUUUCUUCCAAAAAUGAAAACUUCUACCCCAAACUUUCCUAUAUUCACUGUUAGGCCCAAUUACCAUGGCCUUUAAAAUAAAACAAGAUGCUGCUCCAUCCCAACUCCCUUCCUAGAAGGGGAAAGAAGCAGGGGGAGGGAGGAGAAGAGAGAGAUAAUUAGUCACUGUUCAACUUAAAAGAAUUUAUCAGAAAUAGAUAUAGGUGAAAGGAUGCCUCAGAGCCAAGGACUUCUUUUUGGUAACCGGAGUAUGAUUGAGAGGGAAGGAUCAAGAAUAUACCAACAAAGAAACAUCAUGUGGCCAAGCCCAAGAUGAGAGAGUAAAGAAGGACCAUCAAAAAAUAUCAAGAAGGGUAUAGACAAAAAUAAGUCUCUCAUUCAAACAAUCAUCAAGAAUUUAUUAAGCACCUGCUAGGAUUACUGAUAACCUCGUUCUCCUAAAACUGAGAGCACUAAAACUUGGUCACAUCAAAUUGGCACAAGUUAAUUUAGGGACACACAAAAAGAAGUCCUGCUUCACACAAUGAGUAGAAACUCAGGGAGCCCAUUACUCUCAAGAGAGUUCAGGACUAAAAAUAUAAAAAGAAUUCAAAGUGUGUUAAUAAAUUAGUGACAGAGCUAUAAAAAAAAUAGAUUGUUAAUAUAAGCUAGAGAUGUUUCAAGGAUGUGUCCAAACAUGUGAGGUUAACAUGGAAGGCCAACCAUUGUCUAUCAGACAAAGCACCAGAUCAUAGAGACCAAAAACCAGUGUUCUUAUUAUUUUAUGGCCAUGGGGGAAGAAAAGGAGAAGGUCUAUGACUGCAUUGGUGUGGGGAACUCCCAGUGAGAAAUCUCCCUCUAUCAACAACUCAUCUGCUACUUAUUCUUAAAGAGUUGCCUAAGCCACUGGGUGGCUGGGACUUGCUUGGGAUCACAUAGCUUGUGUCAGAAGUAAAACUUGAACCCGGGUCUUCUUGAUUAUGAGAUCUGCUUCCUAUCCUUUUAGGAUACAAAAAUCCCUGGGCCAUUGCAGUAUCAGCAAUCCCCAACUCAUCAUGGAUCAUCAAAAACUCUCCAUUAGGAGUGUAGAACACAUCAUAGCAACCAUUUUUGAGGGUGCAAUUGACUCUACCUCUCAAAUCCUACACAAUCCAGUGCCAUCAACACUGAGCAGCUGGUUAAUUCUAAAGGCUUUCUAUGAUGCCAAGGAAAAUAAUAAUACAGCCUUUCAUGAUAGAAAGGAAAAGGACAAAAAUGCAGAGGUCAUGGAUGCUCUCACCUUCUGCAUGUCUAUAGCUCUCCACAUGUAAAAAGACCUCAAGGUCAGAGGCAAACAUACUAUUUGAAAGCUGAGAGGAAAAGCACUGAAUAUGAUAAACGACCAACGGCUUCUUGCCUAAAUGCCAGAUUGCACCGAAUACCAAGUUGAGGGCUAGCACUUAAUGAAAAAUUUGUCAAGGUCUCUAUUCCCCUUCUUUAAAAAAAAUGUCAUCCAAUUUGCCUCCUAACUCAGGGGAAAGACAAACUAACUAUGUGGGGUUGUUCCCCCCCCCCCUUUGUACCUGGUAAUUCAUAUUAAUGUUUGUAUUUAAUUUAUUUUAUACUUUUUAUCUGGUUUUGACUGACUAAAGAUGUAUGUAUUAUUUCUCUUGGAGGGAAAAAAUAAAUGGUUUUCCAUAGACAGUCAUCAA